AUGCGGGUGGAUCCGCAAUGUGUGAGAUGUGGUAUGGGCGAUGAGACCAUAAAUCAUAUGCUGUUUGAAUGUCCCCCGGCUCGCCAGGCUUGGGCCCUCUCACCCAUCCCAACGCCACCUCUAUUUUUCCCAACGGACGCACUUUUUUCAAACAUGGCACAUUUGUUCUGGAAUCUUCCAGACAAUGAUGACAUGCUGAUUCCAAAAGAUGUUAUGGAAGCUGCGUUAACGGAAGCCCGUGCAUGGGCUGCGGCCCAAACGAUCCCAGAAAGGACGCAAUUUGAUAUCUCAACACGUCCUGUGUCUGUCCCUUCGGGAGAGUGGUGUCAGAUUAAUGGAGCAUAG